GGCCGCGGCGCCGCACACAUGACAUUUGCGCCGACUUGCCGUCCUCCCUCCUCCACUGCUCCUCUCUCUCUCUCUCUCUCUCUCCGCCGCGAUGGCGACGCUGCAGCUCAACCACAUCGCGCGGGAGACCGACGACGUGCGCCGCCUCGCCGCCUUCUACGAGGAGGUGCUCGGCUUCGAGCGCAUCGCGUCCCCGAACUACCCGGCCUUCCAGGUCGCCUGGCUCCGCCUCCCGGGGACGCCCGCCGUCGCGCUCCACCUCAUCGAGCGGGACCCCGCCGCCGCGCCCGCGUCCGUCGGCCCAGGCGCCGCGGGAGCCCCGGCCGCGCAGCUGCCCAGGCGCCACCACCUGGCCUUCUCCGUCGCCGACUACGACGGGUUCCUCGCCGGGCUCAAGGCCCGCGGCACGGACGUGUUCGAGAAGACGCAGCCCGACGGCACCACGCGCCAGGUCUUCUUCUUCGACCCCGAUGGCAAUGGCUUAGAGGUUACAAGCUCAGGCUCAAGCGAUAAGUAAACCGCGGAACAUCAUAUGCUUGCUCUUCUAUUACAGUCAUUUUCAGGCAUUGGCCAUGAGCUAGCAAACAUGGAGACUUCAAAGAUGGAACCACAUAGUAUAGGAAAAUGUCCAUGAUCAUGCCUCGUCCGGUCGUACGUCCCCAUGAAUAAAUGCGGAGCUUUAUAUUGAAUGAAUUUCUCCAUGCUGUAAUAUGGCUCGAUUUGUUACUGGAUCGCACAAGUUAAUAUCUCUCAAGUUAAAUGUUUUGCUUC